CUACAUUCCUCUUAACGUCCUUCACACUCACUCUUUUACUCAUUUCAACCUCUUUUCUUCCUGCUUUCUUCCCAUUUUCAUAAACUCCAUUACCUUACUUACACCCAUGUUUCAUCCAAGAACUUCUCUUGAGUCCAUAGAACAUGGCCUUCAAAACCAGAAAUUGAACAAGGCAUCAUGUUCAGCGGUUUUGAGUUUGGCUUAUCAGAGUCUUGGAGUCGUAUAUGGUGAUCUAAGCACCUCCCCUCUCUACGUAUAUAAAACCACCUUCUCAGGGAAGCUUAGUCUUCAUGAAGACGAUGAAGAAAUCUACGGUGUUCUUUCCUUCAUCUUCUGGACUUUUACACUAAUCGCCCUCCUUAAAUACGUCUUCAUUGUCAUGUCAGCUGACGACAAUGGCGAAGGUGGUACUUUUGCGUUGUAUUCGUUACUCUGUCGGCAUGCAAAACUUAGUAUGCUUCCAAAUCAACAAGAAACCGAUGAGAAACUAUCGGCAUAUGGUGUCGCAAAAACAGCAGAAACCUGGCAAAGCUUUGAAUUGAAGUCGUUCUUUGAAAAACACAGAAAGUUCAGAAAAGGGUUGUUGAUUUUUGUUCUUCUUGGAACCUGUAUGACAAUCGGUGAUGGGGUUUUCACUCCUGCUAUAUCGGUUCUCUCAGCGGUAUCUGGAGUUAGAAUUAAAGUUGCAGGUCUUCAUGAAAAUUACGUGGUUGGGAUCUCGUGUAUUCUUUUAGUUGGACUUUUCUCGAUUCAACAUCACGGAACACACCGAGUUGCCUUCUUAUUUGCUCCCAUUGUAACAGCUUGGCUGCUAUCGAUUGCUGGAAUCGGAAUAUAUAACAUAAUUCAAUGGAACCCACAAAUAUUUCACGCUCUUUCGCCUGUUUACAUGGUGAAAUUACUAAAAAGGACUCGUCGUGAAGGUUGGCUAUCGUUAGGAGGAGUUGUUCUCUCAAUCACAGGCGUUGAAACCAUGUUUGCUGAUUUAGGCCAUUUUUCAACCUUAUCCGUUAAGAUUGCAUUCACGUUUCUUGUGUAUCCUUGCUUGGUUCUUGCGUAUUUGGGUGAGGCUGCGUUUUUGUCAAGGCAUCAUGAAGAUAUUCAGAGAAGCUUUUAUAAAGCAAUACCUGAAGCUGUGUUUUGGCCGGUGUUCAUAGUGGCGACAUUUGCAGCGGUGGUCGGAAGUCAGGCGGCGAUUUCAGCCACGUUCUCGAUUAUAAGUCAGUGUUGUGCCGUGAAUUGUUUUCCCCACGUGAAAAUCGUUCAUACAUCAAGAAAAAUAUACGGACAGGUGUACAUCCCGGAGGUAAAUUGGAUGUUAUUGAGCUUGUGUUUAGCUGUAACGAUCGGAUUACGAGACACGAACAUGAUUGGCCAUGCUUAUGGGCUAGCGGUGACCACUGUGAUGUUCGUGACAACUUGUUUGAUGACGAUGGUGAUGAUAAUCGUGUGGAAGCAACAGAUUGUAACCGCUGCUUUAUUUCUUGUACUCUUCGGAUCGAUCGAACUCUUUUACCUCUCAGCCGCCUUUUUCAAGGUUCCAGAAGGUGGAUGGAUCCCACUCCUCCUCUCACUAACCUUCAUGUCCAUCAUGUUCGUAUGGAAUUAUGGGAAAUUAAAAAAACACGAAUUCGAUUUAGAAAACAAAGUCUCAAUGAACCGGAUUCUCUCAUUGGGCCCGAGCCUCGGGAUGGUGCGGGUCCCGGGAAUUGGGCUCGUUUACACGAAUUUAAUAACAGGAAUCCCCGCAAUUUUUGGGCAUUUUGUCACCAACUUGCCUGCAUUCCACCAAGUUUUGGUAUUCGUUUGUGUGAAAUCGGUUCAAGUCCCGUAUGUUCGGGCCGAGGAGCGGAUACUCGUGGGCCGUGUCGGGCCCCGCGAGUAUCAUAUGUUUAGAUGCAUUGUUAGAUACGGUUACAAAGACGUUCCACAUGAGAAUUACAAUUUUGAAAACCGUGUUGUUUCGGCUCUUGUUGAGUAUGUUGAAACGGAAGGAAAAGACGGAGACACAGACAGUGAAAAUUUCGAUGUCGAUGUAGAUGUCAGUGUCCCCGGUGGGCCCGCAUUUAAGCUCCAGGAUUAUGAAACGAAAAUGGUGAAUUCGUUGAAGGAGAUUGAGGAGUCGUUUGUGGGGUGUUUAGAGACUCAUUCAGCUCUUAAAGAUGAAUCGAUUCAGAUACUUAAAGCUCGGGAAUCCGGGAUUGCAUAUAUACUUGGGCAUUCAUAUGCGAAGGCUAAGAAAUCUUCAUCGAUUUUCGCGAAGUUUGCUAUUGAUGUUGUUUAUUCAUUCUUGAGCAGGAAUUGUAGGGGAACUGAUGUUGUUCUGAAUGUGCCUCAUACUUCGUUGUUAGAAGUUGGUAUGAUUUAUUAUGUUUGAUGGAGGACUGGUUUUGGGAUUUGGAGUAUUGGAGAUGAUAGAGAUACAUACGUGUACGUGUUAUAUGUAUACAUUAGGGGUUUAGUGUACAUGUUGAGAUGACGGAUUAUAGAAAGGUAAAAUGUACAUUGAAUUAAACUACAUUCUAAAGAGACUAAAGAUCAGAUAGAUCUUAAAGGGAUCAAAUAUACGUACUUUUUAUUUCC